AAUUCAUUUUCUUUCAUCUGAACCCUAAUGCAUUUCUCACCCUCUCUCUCUCUCUCUCUCUCUCUCUCGCUCUCUAGCCCCGCUCCCUCUAAACCCGCCCUACACGGCCAACGGCAACUCAACGGCUAUCCGCAGGCACCGCCAUAUCCAUUUUAACCCUCCACAACUGCUACGCUACAUAAAAUUCCCUUCUCCGAUAGCCGCGGCCGUCACCAUUAUUACGUUCCUCACCGUCAACAUUGACUGCUUUCCCAAUCUCUGUCUAUUUCUCUUUCUAUCAUCACAUUUUUCCACUUCUUCUGCAUGCGACGGAGAAUAUCCCUAUCGAUUCUGCCACUGAACUGCACUAACUCAACAGGAAGGGUCUCUCCCGAUCUCACUGGGUUGCACUAUUAAUGGCGGCAAAUGCAGUGGCUGCUGCCUCUCAUGCUGGCAAAUACGGCGUCCAGGCAUGGCAGGCAUUCAAGACAAGAUCACCAACAGCUGGGAAGGGAACAGCGAUUGGGAUCAGGGAGAAUACUUCUAUAGUUAAAGAAGCAAAUAAAGCCCCUAGACAAUUGACUUUAAAUGUCGGAAAGACUGGUGGUAGGAAUUCUGCAGGGCGUAUUACAAUUUUUCACCGAGGAGGUGGAGCAAAGCGUUUGCAUAGAAGAAUUGAUCUGAAAAGAAGCACAUUAUCUAUGGGCGUUGUGGAAAGGAUAGAGUAUGACCCUAAUCGCUCCUCUCGGAUAGCUCUUGUACGAUGGGUUGAGGGUGGACCCCUUCACUUCCGGAAGAAAUUCAGGGCAGUAGAAGAAUUUGUUCCACCACAGAAGAUUCUUGAACCCACCACAACCACUAUGCGUGGCCUAUUUUCACUCUCCUCCCUAUCUAGGGAAGGUGAUCAAAGAAAGGUAGUAUACUCCUCGCCUGGACCAGCUGCUGCUUGUGCAGUGGUUGGCCAUCAAACUGGAAUGUCUCCUGGGUUGAAGAGUCUAUCUGCUGCAAAGGGUGCAGAAAGCAAAAAAACUAGUGCGAGGGAUGUCUUCUUGUCUACUUUUUCGACUCCAAGGGCGGAGACUGCAUCCUUAUCCCUCAGUGGUUCUCUUAAUUUUCCAAGGAUAGCAGUGGCUGGGGCAAGACCCGCCUUUUUUGCACCUCAAAUGCGGGACAAAGAUGGAGGAAAAAGCACAUUCUCUCUCAGUGAGGUCCGAAAGUGGAACAGCCGGAGCAGCAUCUGGGCACAUAGGAUGAAACGUAAAGCUGCAGUUUCUUGGCAGAGUUUUAAGUGGCAAGAUACAUUGGGGUUUGUUGGAGCUGUUGACAGUAAUGAAUCAAUCAAAGACCGAAACUUAUCAUGUUAGCUUGCCAUACAGUUGAAGGCAGGAGUCACUUGCUUCAGGAAAAAAGCUCGCAGUUGAGGAGUUACGGUUAAAAUGCUGCAAAAAAGCACCUUGAAGUAGUGCAGUAAUAAUACCAAGCGACUACAUUUAAUUGGUUUUUGGUACCCGAUUAGAAAAUCUAAUGAGUUGUUUUAUGAAUUUGUUCAUGAGUUUCAAUCAAAAUGGUCAUGGAUCGUUUCGUCGCUAAAGGUCUUAUUUUUCUUGUAGUGUCAGUUCCUACUACUUUUGGCGAUAAAUUUAGACCUAUAGAUUGUUUUGUCUCUAGAA